AUGACACGAUAUCCAGAAAUGAACUGGAAGGCCAUAGAUUUGGCGGAAGAGUUUACGUUAUUUAAACAGAGAAAGGAAUUGUGUUUGAUCGACAACGAGGUAACAGAAGCAGCUAAACAAGCUAUAAAAAUCAAAAUUGCACUAGGCAACGAAGGGCUUCGAAAAAUCAACACUUCAGGUUUAUCAGGAACCGACCAGGAGGAUCCCACGAAGAUUUGUGAAAUUUUCGACAACCAACUUAAAGUUAAGGUUAACUUUAGAAUACAUCGCCUUGAACUCAUGAGAACGCUUAAUGGAACUGGUCAUCACGACAACCAAAAUAGAAUCAUUUCAGAAAAUCUACUCGAGAAAGCCAAAGGUCACCAGAUCGAGCAACUCCUCGAAGAUGGACGCAAAUAUGAAGCCAUAGCUGCUGGAAAAGAAUGCCUACAAACACUGAGCUCACACACAGUCAACGCCAUAUCUAAACCACAAAAUCCAAGAAAGACGUCAUGUGGAAACUGUGGUAGUACACAUCCACCACGGAAGUGCCCAGCUUAUUACGACACAUGCAAGAAAUGUGGGACUAAAGGACAUUGGGCGAAUGUAUGCCGAAAGUCAAGGUUCACACGAGAUCUGAGAAACAAGCACAAUCACCAGCCACAUAUACGAAAUCGAACACCCUCUAGACACAGAGGAAGAUCAGCUAACCGCAAGCAGUACCAUCGCAAACAUUCAGUUAAGGAGAUGACUAACGAUACUCAAUAUCAUCAUGACGAUGAAGCAGAAACCUCAGGUGAUGAAAUCUUUCACUCAAUUGAAGGAGGUGAGGAAGCAACCCAGCAGAACAAUGUCAUUCACUCAAUUGGAGUAACAGAGGCUUAUACGAUGAUCGAUAUCAUAUGCCGAAAUAAGACAGGCAGUCACCGAUUACACCUGAAAAUAGACACGGGAUCAAGCAGGAACACUCUGCCCCUACGUACUCUCAAACAAAUGUACAAAGACAACUGGAAUGCUGCACUAAAACCAACAACUGCCAGACGAACUGCCUACAACGGGUCAGAUAUACAGUGUAUAGGGACGAUACAGAUGUUAUGCAGGUAUAAAACCUCAGAUUGGUCCAAACAGACAUUCAUGUCAAUGGCCCAGCCAUAGCCGGUCUGCCAUUGUGCGAGACACUG